CGUUCCUCGACCAUUCAAAAAUGUGCGCGCAUCGCGGUGUGUUCUGUUCUGUCUCUGUCGUCUGCCUCGAAUGGAAUUUCGAAAUUUGAAUUGAAAUUGAAUUAAAAAUCGAACCGCGCGCUUUUCCCCUGCCUGUCCCACCACCGUCGCCCAUUUCGAGUGUGCUCUGAAUUUUUCAUUACAUUUUUUUUUGCUGUUUUGCAACGGUUUUUGUGUGAAAAUGUUUUUGAAUCUUGUGCAGAUUCGGUUCUGCCAGGGCAGACGGUUCUUGGAUGGUAUUCUGACAUCCUAGGGAGCACCUGAAAAUCCCACAGAGAGAGAUUUAAAUACCCCAAAUACUGGUCCCGAUCAGAACUGAUCAGAAAAUAAUGAAAUUGUGGAAAUCAAAGAAGCCCAUCGGGGGCUGCGUGCCCGGCAAGUCCUCGGCCCUCAAGCAGGAGCAGGAGCUCCAUCAUCAUCAUCAUCCGCAUCCACAUCCACAUCCGCAACAACUGCAGCAGCAUCCGCAGUCCGAGAGCAACGGAAUUGCAUUGGCGCCCAUGUUAUCCGUUGAUCGCGCCAUGAGCCCCGCACAGUCUGAGGACUCGGGACUGGCACCGGAGCGUGGCACCACCUAUGCCACCAUCACGCUGCCACGCAAUGCCCUCCAUCUGGCCAUCACAUUUGCAGAACGUAGCGAUCUUUCGUAUCCGCCCGUUGUGGGUGCCCUCAAUCCGGUGGGGCAUGCGGCGGACUUUCUGGCACCCGGCGACCGCCUGCACCAGAUCGAUGGCAUCUCCACCAUUGGCCUGAGCAAUCAAAAGGUGAUGAAUAUGCUCUGUGCCGAUGCCAGCGGAGGCGGAGCUCCUGCCAUCGUUGAGAUUGAGUACUCGCUGCCCGAAUACACAGUUUCACAGAACAGUCUCUGUGUGUCCUCAAAGCUGGCGCAGAUCACCGUCGAGCGGGAGAGCGGCUGCCUGGGUCUGACGCUGCGCGGCGGUGCCGAUUAUCCGCUGAUUGUGACCCAUGUCCGUCCCCACGGUCCUGUCUACAAAACGGGACGCAUCAAGCCCGGCGAUCGCUUGCUUCGAGUGGAUAAUAUCUCGCUGAUUGGCAAGACCCUGGCGGAGGCGCAGCAGAUCAUCAAGUGCGGCGGCGUUCAUGUGUCCGGCGGCUACACAAAUCUGACCAUCGAAUAUGACGUGUCCGUUGUGCAGAGCGUCGAGUUCUCCAUGGGCCCCCUGCUCAUCGAGAUCGAGCGUCCCAUGAACGACAAGCUGGGCCUUGUGCUCUGCAACUACACAGCAGCCAUGGCAGCGGCAGGAUCCAACUCCGUCUCCGGCUCUGGCUCGAGCACCCCCUCCAGCGGUGGAGAGAAGCUUGAGGACAUGGUGUUGGUGGUCACCCAACCGGGUGUCUACAUAGCGAGCAUACUGCCCGCCAGCAUUGCCGAUCGAUGCGGCGCCUUAUCCGUUGGCGAUCAGGUGCUCUCCAUCGACGACACCAUGAUCGAGCAUUCGGCCUACAGUCCCGAUGAGGUGAUGACCAUAUUGGACACCAGCACAGGACGGGGCUACACGCAAAUGCAGAUCAUGCCCGCUCACGCUCUGGCCCGACGCGGUCACACGGCGCUGGGUAGUCCAAAGUACAGCUUCAGCACUCUGGAGUCGCGCAAGUCCACAUCCGCGUCCGCAACGACGGGCAGGCAGCGUCAGCGUUUUGCCCGCAAGAGCUCUCUGCCGCUGGAGGGACUGCCAAUGGCUGUGGCAGCAGGAGGAGGAGGAGCAGGACAGGGCCAUGCCAGCAGCAGCUUGGGCCUGUGCCGCGCCGAGAGCUUUCCCGUGCUGCUCGAUUGCAGCCAGGGUGCCGGCAUUGUCCUUGCCGGGGGCGGGGGCGGGGAUGCCGGCGGUGCCAUGACCAUUGGCCAAAUACUCGCCGACUCCGUGGCCGAUCGCAGUGGCUGCAUUCAGAUUGGCGAUCGCAUCGUGGCCAUUAACAAAAUGUACAGCCUGGAUGCGAUGGCCAUGCGGCAGCUGCUGGAAGGUGGCUCCCUGCGUCACACCUCAAAUGGGAAUGGGAAUGGCAACGGCUCCAAUGGGAACAUUAGCACCAUGAAUGGUGCACCGGCCAAUUGGCUGGAGCUGGAGAUCGAGUUCGAUAUGCCCGACGCUGUGGUGCCAUCCAGCGGCGUGUUCAAUGUGAAGCUGCUGCGCGCGGGCAAAUGUGGGCUGGGGCUGAGCGUUAGCGGCUCCAGUCACGGCGGCCUCGUCAUCUCUGAUGUCAAAAUGGGCAGUCCCGCCCAUCGCAGUGGCUCCCUGAGGGCGGGCGACAUACUGCUGGCCGUCGAUCAGCAUCCGGUGCAGCACUUUAAUGUUGAUUCGCUGCUCAAGGACUCACAGCCGAUGCAGCAGCAGCAGCAGCAGCAGCAGUCGGGCAGCAGUCCCCCAGUGAGUCCCAGCAGCACCGCCGCUGACUUCACCACGCUGACCAUCAAGCGGGUGGUGCUGCCCGACUUCCUGCCCAUGGCCAGCAGUCCCAUCUACAGCAACUGCCCCUCGGGCAUGCCGGAGCACGAUCUGUACAGCAGUGCCUAUGUGACGGCUGGCAAAUACGCGGACUGCAUCUCCCUGAAGUCGCGCACACCGCAGCCGGAGUACUUUCGCCUGCCCAUGCAGCAGCAGCAGCAGCAGCAGCAGCUGGAGGAUCAAUCCUCGUCGUCGGUGCAGAUGCGGCAUGUGGGCGGUGGCUCGUUCAGCCGCUCCUUUGGUGGUGCGAAUACACAGAGCUUGACCACCGAGCUGCCUGAGGAGGAGGACGAGGACGAGCAGGAUGAGGAGGAGCAGCAGCAGGAGCAGCUGUACACGGGCUACGAGCUGAAUCGCUAUGCCAGUGUGGAUUGCACGGCUCUGCCGCCGCCCAUGGAGAGCAAGGUGUACGGCUCGGCGGCAAGUUCGAGCAGCAAGAGCAGCGGCAGCAGCCUGCACCAGAUCAUCUUCACGGUGCGCCUGGAGCCCAAGGGUGGCCUGCUGGGCAUUACGCUGGCUGGCAGCGAGGAUAUCGCCAAGCCAAUCACCAUCAGUGGCCUCGUGGAGGGUGGCAUUGGCCAUAAGAACGGACAGAUACAUGUGGGCGAUCAGCUGCUGGCCAUCGAUGAGCACUCGGUGCAGGGCAUGCCGCUGUCGCAUGCCACCAGCCUGCUGCAGAACCUGGGCGACUUGGUCGACCUCAAGAUACUGCGCAGCCAUGCAGACCUGGCCAAUGGCAGCCACCACCUGCCAUCGCAGACGCAGGCCAUUUACGCCAAGGUGCAACGACGGCCGCGCAGUCCCAGCAAGGAGUCAACCUGCAACGGAAACCUGAAUGGCAGUGCCAAUGGCAGUGCGAAUGGCAGCACGAAUGGCAGUGCCAAUGGGUGUGGCAGUGGCAGUGGCAAACAGCGCAUUUUCCAUGUGACGCUGUACAAGGACAAGGUGUACGAUGACUAUGGCUUCUCCGUCUCCGAUGGCCUGUACGAGCGGGGAGUGUUCAUCAAUCGCAUACGCAGCGGUGGGCCCGCGGAUAUGUGCGGCCAGCUGAAGCCCUUCGAUCGCAUCAUGCAGGUGAACGAGAUGAAGACGCAGGACUUUGACUGCUGCCUGACGGUGCCGCUAAUAGCCGCCGCCGGUGAUAAAAUCGAAAUGAUAAUGCAGCGCACAGAGUGACCGCCACGCUUCACCGGCCCCCCUGUUAAACUAGUUGUAUGCUAAGCUAAUCCUAAGUGCCAUCCGCCACAUAGCCACAAACUAAACCAAACCAAACGAGAGCUUCAACGAGAAGCUUGUCCCAACGAACCAAACUGCUGCCUUGAGAACGAACCACACAACUUUACCGACAAUAACGAGCAUCAAAAUAUAUCACCGCUAUAUCGCUAUAUCGCUUGCCUUUCCGCAUACAUCAUAUAUAGUAUAUCGUAUAUUUAGAUCUUUAGGUUCCGCCAUAACCAAAUAAUGCCCUCUUAAGGUAGUUCUGCCAUAAUUAUACUUAAAUUCUAUCUCUUAACUUGUUUUCUAGCAUAAAUAAAUAAUCUUACUGAAAGUUUGUUCGAAACUAAA